UACUUUCAGGUUUACAUGUAAAUGUAAUUAUGGCACCCAAGAAAAUUAGUGAUGUUCCCUAUUCAUGCAUCAGUGGUUUGUGUCAGAUUCUAGAUUCCUGCAAAGAUCCCCGGCAGAAUUGGCGUGGCCUUGCUGAACGGUUGGAAUUAUAUAAUGCUAAAGACAUAGCAGGUUUUGAAAGAAAAUUAAUGCAGCUGGAUGGCAGUCCAACUAGAAGUUUGCUCACUGAUCUUUCUAUGACCGGAAGAAACAUUGAUGAACUUUUCACUCUAUUUUACAAAAUGCAAAAUGAGGAGGCGUUUCAGUUUCUUAAGACAUCAGGGCAGGUAUCAAAAUCUCUUGCCAAUAACUUAAAAAUGAAACCGAAACCAAAAGUGGUGAAUAGUGCACCUCAAAAUCAUCCCAGAUCUCAUUAUCCAGAUGCUCGUUCAAUUAUGAAGUACAUUGAUCAGGAAAAUAAUGAAUUUGACCCAACUGUUGCCAAAGGAAAUUCAAGUGAUUUGAGUCUUUCCAUUGUUGCCCAACAGAAAGAGUCAAUGACAGAUGACAUACUACCUGCCCUGCGGAACAAAGGCCUGAUCGAAUUCAGUUACAAUGAAGUUUGUCAGGCUACUGGCAAUUUCAGUGACUGUACACUUACCGGUGGGUGUAAAUUAGGUAUGGGGUCUUUUGGGACUGUCUUCAAGGGUGAUUUGAAGAAUACAACCUUUGCUAUCAAAAAGUUGAAUCUGAACAAUGACAUGCAUGCUCGCUCAGUUGGACUAAGUCAGUUUGCUGUCGAAGUUUUAACUUUGUCUAAAUAUAGGCAUCCAAACCUGUUAGAAUUAGUCGGAUAUUCACUUGAUCCUAGGGCACCCUGUCUAGUGUAUUAUUAUAUGGAAAAAGGUUCUCUCGCAAGCGUCCUUGCUUCUCCAGAGGCAAGUCAAAUUCCUUGGGAUACAAGAUUGCGCCUAUCUGAUGACAUUUCUAAAGGGUUGGUGUUUUUACACACAGCAUCUGACAAGCCAUUGAUACACAGAGACUUAAAAUCGGCCAAUGUUCUGCUAACAAAUGAUUAUCAGGCUAAGAUUGGUGACUUUGGUCUAGCCAGAUUGGGAUCCGAUCAUUCUAACAGUAUUGUCCAAACAAAUCGGUUACAGGGAACUAUGGGUUACAUAUCACCUGAAGCUGCUAGAGGGAAUAUAUCCACAAAAACAGAUGUUUUCAGUUAUGGAGUACUGAUGUUAGAGUUAAUUACUAAUCUUAGUGCGUUUGAUCCUAAUAGAGGAUAUCAAAAUCAAUCUCUAGUAGGUUUGAUUGAAAAGAAGUUGAGUGGUAAUGGUGACUCAUUGAAUAUUAUAUCAGCUGAGGGUGUAAAAUGGCCCGAAAUUGUUGCCAAGGAAUUCCUGAACAUUUCUCAAUCAUGUUUUGAAGAUCACAACAUCAGACCAACUGCUCCAGUCAUACUACAAAAAGUGUCGGAUAUUAUUCAACUCUGUUCUUCGAAAAACGAUUUUGAAGCUUGGAUUCAGCCAGGGAGUUUAACACUUAACCCUGACAAGCAGGUAUUUGAAAACAGGAAAACAAUUCUAGUUCUCACUGGAAAUAGACAACAGAGUAACCUGAUUCAAAGCAGAAUUGGAAAGUUGCUAGAGGGAGAAUCGAACACAAGUUCUCUGCGCUCACUUCAGGAUAUGGAAUUUCACUUCGUCACACUGCCAGAUGCUAUUAUUAUAGUCUGCAAUCCUAUAUCUGAUUUCAACAAAUGUCUGCAAGACUCUAUCAAUCGUUUUAAUCCUCAUUUGGUAAUUUCUUCUGGGCUUUGCCAUGGUGUAAGAGGAAAGGUAAACCUGUGCGAUCUGGUGAUAUCAGAAAGCACUUCUCUUGGAAACGUCACAUAUUCCGUAACAAACGAAGUGACGUCCCUCCUACAGACGAUACAGAAGAGCGAUGCAACUGGUGAUGCACUGUGGAAGUUACCUGGACUCCUGCCAAAACCCCCUGCUCGAACUGCCUCCCAAACUUUACUGUGGAUCAGCAAGCUUAUCAUGGAGGUCAAAUCAGAAAAACCAACAGAGUCUCACUGGUUGAAGCAAAUAAACUACAAUCACGGACUGGGACACGAUUACUCUGGGUUCAUCGAGAAUAUGAAGAUCUACUCGGCAAAGUACCCGUGUCUACAUUCAGCUAAUAUGACACUAGUCUAUGAUCCUAUAACAGAUACUCUUGAUCCAGACAUCAACCUCAAGGCGUCAGUGUCAGCCAUGUCUCCUGAUAGUAUACAUCUUCGCAAGAGAAAACUGAGCCCCAAGUUACAUAUCGGGUCUCUGAGUCCUUCUGAUAUUCCUUAUACACCUGGAGACGCCUUCACUCGCUUCAAACUCUGUCCUGAGAGUUUGCUGGGAUGUGAUGUUGAGACACUGCAUCUCUACAGUAUGUGUGUCAAAACCGAGACACCCUCUGUCUCAAUCAAGAGCGUGUGUGGGUUCUCAGAUCCGUACGAAGACACGAGGUUUAAUGAAAUAGCUACUAAUAUGAGCGCCCUAGGAGUGGUUCAGUUUAUCGCUACAUACCUCAGUCCGGAGUCUAGAUCCUGUGUCAGUUGAACUUUCUGUUAAAGUCAGUGUGUUCAUUCUUAUGAUCACAGAGUUGAACGUUAGGACGAUUGUUUAUUAUGAUCGUUGCUGGAUAUUGCUUAUUUUUCUUGUAAUCAAACCGUUGAACAACUAAAAAGAUUGAUAUAUUAGCUGAUUGUUUUAACCAAAAAGGAUCGUUGAUAUUUCUGCUAUUGUUACACAUCUAACCUAACCUAACCUACGUCUUUAUUGUCUUUAGUUGGCUAGAACUUCUAUAAAUAUUAAUUGCUCAUCAAAUUAUUUAUUUUUGACAUGGUUUUACAUGUCUUGCGAAUUUCUCUUUUAUAUUACCUUUUUCUUUGAUAUAAGGUAUACAUUAUCAUUAUCAUUUCCGGUGGUUUAAUAUAUUUUUUCACCACCCUUUUUCAUAGAAUUUUAAAGGGAAUUGAAUUCACUGAAUAUUUUUUCUUCUUUAUGUUUUUCGUCACCCAAAACGAAAGCUUUUGACAUCAUUUAGUAUCUUAACUUUUACCUCAUCAAUUGUUUAUAAUGAUAUAUCAUAUUUAUUUUGAAGUCGAAAAUGUAUAUUUGUAUCGAAGAAAUGAGAAUUUGUUGUAAAUUAUAAAAUUCACCAAGCUGUGCUUGAAAAUUGCGUCGUUUUACUAAGUCAGCUGUAGGAAAUCUUUGAAACAUAUCAUGAUUUCCAAGCUAUUAUAUAUACCGAACUAUUGAUGUAAUUUUCGUUUUCUGCUUAAG